CAAUGCGAGACACGAGCGAUUGCUCCUUCAGUCAGUGGUCCAGAGCUCGAGAGAUCGGAUGCGUCCAAGAGCGCACGCGUAUUACCGCCUCAGUGUUUCGCGGGAGUACAAAAAAGGGUAUAGUUAGCUAGCCUUGAAUAUAUUGAGUGAAGGCAUCUGUCCUUUUCCUGUCGGUUGGCGGGAGGGUAGAAGAGUCACUUAGAGCUUCAGUAAACAUUUUAAAUACAUCUAUAGUUAAUAUGGCAUCCAUCGUGAAUUAUUAUAAGGAUCUCAUGUACAAUAGAAAUGAUCCUCGAACGCAAGACUGGUUACUGGUAUCAGGUCCUGGUCCAAUCCUAACAAUCAUCCUGUUAUAUUUGUACUUCAGUGUAUCGAUAGGUCCUAGACUUAUGCGCGAUAAGAAACCAUUCGAUCUCAGAAAUACGCUCAUCUUUUACAAUUUUACCCAAGUUUUACUUAGCAUGUAUCUUGUCUAUGAAGGGUUGAUGGCCGGAUGGUUGUAUGAUUAUAGCUACAAGUGUCAACCUAUCGAUUAUUCCAACAAUCCACAAGCUUUAAGGAUGGCACACGCCGUAUAUAUGUACUUCAUCUGCAAGCUUAUAGAGCUCCUCGAUACGGUUUUCUUCGUUAUGCGCAAAAAACAACGCCAGAUCUCAUUUCUUCACCUAUACCAUCAUGCAGUGAUGCCAAUUUGUGCUUGGAUAGGAGUGCGAUUCGUGCCUGGUGGUCAUGCCACGUUACUUGGUCUCAUCAAUAGUUUUAUCCACAUCCUUAUGUAUGCCUACUACAUGCUUUCGGCGUUUGGACCUGAGAUGCAAAAGUACCUAUGGUGGAAGAAGCAUCUUACUUCCCUUCAGCUAGUUCAGUUCAGUAUAAUUUUGGUGCAUAAUAUGCAGGUAAUGGUUACGGAUUGCAAUUAUCCGAAAGUAUUAUCAUUCCUUCUCAUCGUCAAUGCGGGUCUAUUUAUCUAUCUGUUUGGUUCAUUCUACGUAGCAAACUACCAAGUCAAAAGAGAAAAUGUCUUGAUUGCAAGGGAAAAGAGUAAAAUUACAAAUGGAAUGAUUAAAAGCAAUGGUUACACGAAUGGUACUGUUACUCAUGAUUAUGCCAGAAGUUACAAAAGCGAUUAAUAGAUACGUAUUUGUGUUUUGUAUGACAUUUUCAUUACGCGGGCGUACAUUUUUAAUUUCCUGAAGUUAAUUAUAAGAAUUC